AUGAAACUCGACGCGAAAGCUCUCCGUUAUCUGACCUCUGAAGAUUUCAGAGUGCUCCAAGGGGUUGAAGCCGGAAGUCGAAAUCAUGAAGUUGUUCCCACUCCUCUCAUCGCUCAACUUUCCGGCCUUCGUGGUGGCAGCGGCGUGCACCGCUCGAUCUCCAACCUCGCCAAGACGAACCUGAUCGCCAAGGUCAAGAAUGCAAAGUAUGACGGUUAUCGACUGACCUACGGUGGCCUCGAUUAUCUGGCGCUCAAUGCGCAUCAGAAGCAAAAGGUGGUUUACUCGGUCGGAAAUCAGAUUGGUGUGGGUAAGGAGUCAGAUAUUGUCGUGGUCGCCCACAGCAGCGGUGCUCAGCGCAUCCUCAAGAUCCACCGUCUCGGUCGUAUCUCUUUUCGUACCGUCAAGACGAACCGCGACUACCUUCGCCAUCGAAACACAGGUUCCUGGAUGUACAUGUCUCGCCUGGCCGCAAUGAAAGAGUUCGCCUUUAUGAAAGCCCUGAAGGAGAAUGGAUUCCGGGUCCCAGAGCCCAUCGCCCAGAACAGACAUACGAUCGUGAUGGAGCUGAUUGACGCAUUCCCACUCCGCCAGAUCUCCAAGGUGGCUCAUCCAGAAGCGCUGUACUCGGAAUUGAUGGACACGAUUCUGGAGCUGGCUCGAUUUGGGUUGAUCCACGGUGAUUUCAAUGAAUUCAAUAUCUUGAUCAAGGAGAUUUCAGACCCCAGCGGCAAAGGAAAGGCUUCCGCUGAUGCAGACCCCGAAGAUUCUGACGAAAAUAUCCGGCUGGAACCGGUGAUUAUUGAUUUUCCUCAGAUGGUCUCCAUUGAUCACAUGAAUGCGGAAAUGUACUUUGAUCGAGAUGUCAACUGUAUCAAGCGAUACUUCCAAAGGAAAUUCCAUUUUGUCAGCGAUGUGCCGGGUCCAUUCUUUGCCGAUGCGAAGAAGAACUUCCUCAGGAAUCCUGGCAAGCGACUGGAUGUGGAGGUUGAAGCAUCUGGAUUCUCAAGGAAGAUGGCUCGUGAACUGGAAAGUUACAUGAAGGAAGUCGGAGCAGACGGGGAUGCUGGUGCUGCUCGGGAUGAUCUUGACGACGAUGAUGACGACGAGGAAGAGGAUGAAGAAGAGGAUGAAGAAGAGGAGGAGGAGGAGGAUGCCGGAGACGAGGACACACAGCAAGAGCAACAAGGCGGGCCAAGCAGUGCAGAAGUCGACGAAAGUGCGCAACGUUUGGCGGAUUUGAAUGUAUCUGGGUCAUCAAGGCAAUGA